AUGAUUGACUGGAGUGUUUGGGAAUCGUCUGCUGAGGCGGAUGCUCCGUCUGCGGUCCAGUUCUGCACUCGGCUAGCUGACGCACGACAACUCCGGCAGAUUCUGGCAGCGCUGUCACAGUUCACAGGAACCCUUGAUGCGCUGAAGGGCAGGUUGCAAGUACGUGCUCAGCAGACAGGUGAUCCUCCGGAUCAGGAUGAGGAGCCGGCGGCGCUUGCGAUGCUGACAGAGGACCCUUACAACUUAGAGGCUCUUCAAGCCAUCGAUGACAAGCUGGCGCAGCUGGUCCCGGAGUCAGAGUGGGAGGCCAAAUCGAUUCGGUCUCUACGCACCGGGUCCGAGAUCUCCGCAGCAGGUCAAUCCAAGAUCUCGAAGCCAUCUGUGCGGUCAAGCGCUCUGAGCUCAAGUGUCCUGCCAGGCGAGCCUCUCCUACGAGAGCAGCAUGAAGAUCGGGAGAAUCGUAAAGCGCUGGUGGCCAUCAACGACCGGAUCAGCCAGCUGCAGGAUGAGGGUAGCAGACGACCUUCCGAGCAGUUGCAGCCGGAGCAGCUUCAGCAGUUGCUGCUCCAGGCAGUAGCCGCACAGCCCGCGCCGGAUGUCGACGACAAAGUUCUGUCUCUCCAGGCCGGCAGCAUGGCCAACUUGGUCCAUGUGAAGCAGACUGCAAGCGCGCCCGAAGUCGCCGGGCCUCUCUCCAAAGCAAGAGAGAUUUUGGCCAGGCUGGAGCAAAGCAAAGGCGACCUGGACGAUGUGGCAGUCGAGGCGAAGUCUAGUUGGAAAGAAGUUGAAGACAGCGUGCGCGUGUUGGAGCAAAGCUCGAGCCGCCCGGCCGACGUGGAGGCAGAAGAUCUCGAAGUCAGAGCGCCUGCUGCCUCGUCCGAGAUGUCCACUUGGGCGACUCGGUUGGAGGAUCUCGCCAGAGAAGCUUUUAAUGUGGCAGAAAACGGAGUUCCUGCGGCUCGCGGGACACUGCCUGCCGUUGAUGUGGAUGCUUUUGUGAGGGGAGACUGGGAGUCAGCAGACCUUCUGACGAUUCCAACCUUGUCCAGUGCUCGUGCCGGCACAGACUUGCAGGAAGGUUCCCCAGAUGCUCCCAUGGAGGGGCCAGUCUUGGAGGAAUCUCUCACACUCCCUCUGCUCCUGUGUUCAAGAGCGGUUUUUGCAGGCCACGGGCUGGACAAUCCUGAAGAGCUUGGUAUAGAGGGCGAAGAGGCAAUGGUUCUGGAGUCGGGUGGUGACGACGCUGGCCACAUGGCUGCCGGCGAUGACUACAGCUUGUCCGACGAUGAUGCUCCUGCCGUGGACUUAGUUGAGAAAUGCCACCCACAGUGGUUGGUGCACCGAAGUGAGCUGCAGCUGCUGUCUUCUUGUCCACGUAGCAUUGACAUACCCAGUGUAAUUGCAAGGACCAAUUGUUCGUAUGGCUUGCUGCCGACUCGACGCGGAUUCGAUAUUUCGCUGUACCCUUGCUCGUCGGCAUCUGUGGCCAUCAAGCCUUCCACAUGCUUGCUUGAGCAGCACGUCUGCCUUGGCUGCCCAUCAAGCCUGUCCUGGACCUACAAAAGCUAG